AGUGCUUCCCUCUCGAGUUUGACUUGAACCGUUCGACAUGGAGGAAUUCAACCCAGCUGAGUUUAUAAAAAGGCCACCGGUUAUUCUACGCCUUAUAUCCAUUUUGUUUGCCAUUGUUGUAUUUGGCUGUAUAUCUUCUGGUGGAUAUGACUCCACUUAUGGUGUAUGUCUCUAUAACGGUGACAGCGGUGCUUGCCAUUAUGGUGUAGGAAUAGGGGUCAUGGCGUUUCUCAUUUGUAUUGUAUUCCUGGCAAUCGAUUCUCAAUAUGACACAAUCACAAACCCUGAAAACAAGAGGAUCGUCACAAUGGCAGAUUUAGCAUUUUCAGGCCUUUGGUCAUUCCUCUGGUUUGUUUGUUUUUGCUACUUGGCUGACAAGUGGCGUCAGAUGAAGGUUGUCACCAGUACAUCACAGACAAACAAUUGCCAAGCAGCCAUUGCAUUUUCAUUUUUUUCAAUUAUAACUUGGUUUGGACUCGCUGUCAUGGCAUUCAUGAAGUAUCGCCGUGGCCCAGAUGACUUUGACUACAACAAAGACAACCUUGCAGGGGAGUCCUACCCCUCACCAUACGCUCCCUUCCCUCCAAAUACAUCAGAAGCAGCUGGGGACCCUUAUCAGUCGCAGCCAUUUUCUGAUGAUUCCCGACCAGAGGGACAAGGUUCUGGUACAAACCCUUCAGAAGUCCCAAGUGAAUUCAAACAACCUUCUUAUUAAGAAGAGAAGAGAGACAGAUUACAAAGAUAACAUGUUUAAGGUUAGGAAAAAUAAUUCUUAAAAUGUACUAAUUGAAGUAGCAUGGAUAUUUCACUUUUGACUGUCAUUGAGAAUAGGAUUUUAGUAAAUAAUCAUAUCUGGCUAAACUCUGGAAGUGCUUGUAUGCGAAACUCAACAGGCAAAAAAAACAUUUAGUAUAUAUUCCUAAUAAGAUAAUAGUGCUCUCAUGUUGAUAUAAGUAGAUUUUAAGGGUGUUAUCUAACAUAAGUCUGGGAAGGGUGAGCUCAUGGGGUUGAAAUUUAACACUUUUGGUGUUUGUGGGGGAAGAAAAUGAGCCCAGAGAAAAAAUCUUGAAUCAAGGUAGAAAUCUAACAAUCUCUGCUAAGGUGAGCGUACUAGUGCUACACAUACUGUCAACCACAUCACGUCAACUUUGGCUUUAACUUGAAAUGAUUGAAAAGUAACCUUUAAUCCAAAUCUGUGUCGCAUUCAAUACCCUAUGUGAAAACUUUGAUCCUAUUUUGAGAUGAUGAAAAAGUAUAAUAAUAUCGUAUAUCUGGUGCCGAUUAUGUGCUUGUCUUCAAUCCCUUUCCUUUUUUAGUAGUAUAAUAUAGGAAAAGACAGGGUUCAUGUAAUUUGGGAUAAUCAAUAGUAUGAAUUCAUACUGUACCUCUGACUGGAUGAAUCAAUUGAAGGAAAUCUGAAACCAAUUCAGUGUUGUGGUAUGCACAUUGAUCAAGAUGCAAUGUUUAUUCCCAUAAGAAUAAAAUUAACCUUUGUUUAACCCUACGGUAACCUCAUUCUGAAACACUUGAAUGUGAGGUUACGUGGUGAAAACUAAUGCUCCAGUCAAAAUGGCUGCGGCUUGAGAAAUGUCCAUAUUGUUUCAUAUACACAAUAUGGGUCUAACUUGCAUAGAAGCUGUUCUAGUAUCACAGCAACCAUGUUAGCAAGGGUAGCCAUGAGCAUCUAGUGACCUAUGAAGUAGGUGGGCAUAUGAUGACAAAAUAUGUUUUGUUUGAUUGUUAUUUAAAUAGCCUACCUCUAAGAUAUGCUUCACUUGUCAUGCACAAAGGUUUCAGUAUGAAGCUAUGUGCUAAAUUAAAUUUAUUCUUACCGCCCGUCACGAAUGACUGAGCAUUUAGCACGUAGCCUCAUAAUGAAACCUUUGUGCGUGACAAGUGAAGCAUGUCUCAGAAAUGGGCUAUUGCCAACCACAAAUUUAUUGGACCAUCCAACAAAGCAAAGUGACAAAACCUUUUAAUGAAAUCGUUGGCAGAUUAACAUCACAAAAAUGACUAUAAGCAUGCAUCAAGUAUGGGAAGAAAAUAAUGUGUUUUGAUUAAUAUUUGUUUAAAUAUGUUGUUUUUCGCUUUGUUUUUUUGUUUUUGUGAUAAACAAAGUAAGUUUUUGAUAAUCCAUUUGAUAACUUAAUCAAUAAUCAAUAGGAUUCUUUGAUGAUAUCCUAAUAGAGUCUUUGCAGCAUCACGCAAUGACAGGAGGCAGGAAAAAUUGAAUCUGGUCUAAUCUGAUUUACAUGAGAAAAAAUUCAGUUUCCCAGGGGAAAAAGACUCUGUGUUUAUCCCCCCUGUCAUGGCUGCCAUCACGUGAUGAAGCAAAGCCUCCAUAAUCAUUUUUAACAAAUUCUAAAUCACCAGGGCCCGGCCGUACAAAGCCUGGAUAGCGCUAUCCAGCAGAUAAAUUCUUAUCCAGUGUAUAAGUCAAUACUGUUAUCUAAUACAUUUAUCCACUGGAUAAGAUUUAUACAUUGGAUAACCCUAUCCAGGCUUUGUACAACUGGGCCCAGGGAUUAUUUUAAUGUUGUAUCAAAAACAAACUGAAUCUUACGUUCAGUUAGUGGAUGGGAAUAAAAAGGUGUUCAUCUAUUAAUUA